AUGAAGAAAGCCGAGUAUCUCCCAAUGGGUCCUAUGAAGUAUGAUGAAGGCCCGGAGGUGGCUCCCCAGCAGGCAUCCCUAGAGGUGUACCACUCCCCUCAGUCCUAUCCCUCUUCGCCUCAGCCAUCAGCCUUUUCGCCGGUUCAAAGGCAAGACUCGUCAUUCGGACAGUAUUCCGCGACGACAGUUGACCGAUCCGUGUACGCCCAUGCCGUACUUCCUCAUCCUCAGUCAGCAUAUCACAUGCCCGCUGUAGAGUCUCCCCCAACUAAAAAGUACAAAAAGACAAUCUGCGGCUGUACCGUACUUGUCUUUAUCCUUUCCACAAUCAUCGCAGCCUUGGCUGCCGCUGUCAUCGGCCUCGCAGCAGGUACCGGCGUAGAAGCGAGUCGUGCCCAAAAUGCGCUUGAACAACUGGCAGCACUGCAGGCGUUGAUGCCUACUGGCACGGCUACAGCCACGUCAACGACUGCGGCAACAGCCACAUCAGCGUCCGCCUCGGCGACGGCGACAAGCUUCGCUUCCAUCUCCAACGACUGCUCUAAUGCGGACGAGACGACGACCGGACAGACGUACACCACUGAUUUCUUUGGAAAAGUAACUUACACGAUGUUCUGCAAUUCCAACGCACCAAACGUACCUAUCAUGUCGCUCUUUACCGCCAACUUCAACAACUGCAUGGACGCCUGCGCUGCCUUCGCCUCGUCUAGAAAGGCCUUCGCUGCCAACACCACAUGCGCCGGAGUCAGUUUCAUCCCUCUGUGGACAACGAGGCAGGGUGCGGUCGAGGGCAAGGCACCGGGUAACUGCUACCUCAAGCCAGGGCCGCAGACACGCUCAGGUCUGGAGACGCCAAAUAUCGGCACAGAGUGCCAUGCUGCUAUUUUGAACUCCUCAUAG